AUGUCACAAGAGCAGGCCGCCCACCACUUGCUGAACGUCUUAGAAGAGAGAGGGCUUGACGUAGACCUCGACAAGAUCCUCUUGGGCUUCGAAGAUGAAGACACCCAAAGAGAAGCUGCGGCGUGGGUGCAUGAAUACCUGAAUGAGGAGACACUGUUGACGAAAGAAGAGCUGGAGCUAUAUCAGACGUUAAAGCGGAAGGGUCUGUCACACCAAUAUGAGAGCGAGGGUGAACCGGCCCGCCCAUUUCUUGAUCACGAGAUCGCGUCUGCAAUCGAAUCGUUGCAAAGCUCAACUACCGCCAUCGAGGAACAGUGUAAGGUCCUCGAAGCGCAACGAGAUGCCUUGAUGAGGUUGAAAGCGCUCGAGAAGCCCAAUCUGGACGUUGAGCACGCCCGUAACGAAAGGAAGAGGCGAGAGGGGCAAGAGAAGACACGGCUGGACGUGGCAGUGGACGACGUUUCAACCAUCAUCACCGAACAGUUGACGGAUGCACAGCGAGACAUGGAAUCGGAGAAGUCAGCACUAAAGAGCUAUGUUGCUGAACGUCUUACCUCUGAUGACCAGAUUCUGAGCCGGCUCCCGAACAUCGUCUCUACCAUCGUCUCGGAACCCGGGGUCAGUGAGGACGAGAAAUCUGUAGAGCAGUGGUGCAAGGCUAUCAUCUCCUUUCGAACAGCCGAGAUCAAGGCCCGAGUCGACACUGUGUAUUUGACGUCUUUGUCUGAAGACACCAAUCGCAGUGCGUCACACGAGUCAGAAGCCGAGCUACAGGGGUGCAAGGAAGCAUUGCAGGCUGAGCUAGAGGAACUCCAUGCUGAAGUUGUCUCAGUCGCUGAGAUGGUCGUCGAACAUGAGCUACGAAAGCCGAUGGUCGAGGUCAAAGAACGCAAAGAGAAGGAGCGAACGCUUGCACAGACAGCCUGGCUGAACUAUGUUCUCUCCACGCUUGACUACAUGGGCAAGCGUCUGGACAUAGUCAGCGCAUCGUCCGCGGAUGCCGACGAAUUCCAACAAGCCAUUGCACACAUCAGUAAAGCGGCCUCGAAACGGAUGCCAGAUGUGCACGCUCCACGGCCAACGCCAAUCAAGAGACGAACAUCAUCCGUGCCUCUGUCAGCUUUUACGCCAAUGACCAAGCUCAAGCCGACGCCGUCCCUCGACCUGCCAGCGGCACUUCAGGAUGCACUCCGCAAAGCUGGAAUAUCUUUCCAUCACGACAGUCUCGAGGCACUCCAGGACGCACUUAUCCUGGCACGAGCUGAGCGAGAGAAGAAGGCUGCGGAGCACUUCCAAGCUACCGCUACGACGACGCACGAACAAGUUGCUGAACGAUUGAGCAAGGCGGACUGCGACCUCAGGAUCAUCAUGGACGUCCUGUAUGCGCAUACGCCGUUCCAGCAGGUCAGCCUUUGCGAUGCCAGACGGGAGGCUCAGUUGAAGGCUGCAGAGAGGGAGCUCGACGACAGGGACCGCGAGUUGCUAGAAGCCGAGGGCAAUGAGCUCAGCCUGAGCGAUCCCAAGGUCAGGGCCUUUGUUGCAAAGUAUGGGAGACAGGGGAGAUGA